AGGGGCGGGGCUUAUGCCUCCAAUAUGGCGGCCUCAGGACUCUCUGGCAAAUCCCCGCCCGCACUCGGUAGCCGGAAGUCGUCUUGCCUUCGCCUCUAGGAAGCGGAAGUGUAGGGGCAGCUGGCAACUGGGUUAUUGCUUUGAGAAACCGGCUUGUGAGGAGCGGCGGGAAAGGCGCGUGUCGGCUUCUCACUGGCGCAGCCUCCCCGGCAAUCGCCGCUGCCCCGCCCUGCCCAGACGUCGUUGCAGGCACUGGAGUGGACGAAGCGCGGCCCGGGCAUGUGCAGCCGGGGGGAUGCGAACGCUGCGGGUGCCGCGGCUGCGCGGCGGGUGACAGGGCUCUGUUACAACAUGGGACUCCUGAUUGCACUGGCCUUACUGUGCCUGUUUUCCUUAGCAGAAGCCAAUUCAAAAGCCAUUACCACCUCUCUCACCACUAAGUGGUUUUCUGCUCCACUGCUGCUAGAAGCCAGUGAGUUCCUAGCAGAAGACAGUCAAGAGAAAUUUUGGAGUUUUGUAGAAGCCAGUCAAAACAUUGGAUCAUCAGAUCAACAUGAUACCGACCGUUCCUAUUAUGAUGCCAUAUUGGAAGCUGCGUUUCGGUUCCUGUCACCUCUGCAGCAGAAUUUGUUGAAGUUUUGUCUCUCUCUCCGUUCCUACUCAGCCUCAAUUCAAGCCUUCCAGCAGAUAGCAGUCGACGAGCCUCCACCAGAAGGAUGCAAGUCAUUUCUCUCAGUGCAUGGAAAGCAGACUUGUGAUCUGGGCACUCUUGAGAGCCUUCUGCUGACUGCACCUGACAGACCUAAACCUUUAUUGUUCAAAGGAGAUCACAGAUAUCCCUCAUCAAAUCCUGAAAGUCCAGUGGUCAUUUUUUAUUCUGAGAUUGGCCAUGAAGAAUUUUCUAAUAUUCACCACCAACUUAUAUCAAAAAGCAAUGAAGGAAAAAUUAAUUAUGUGUUCAGACAUUAUAUAUCUAAUCCCAGGAAGGAGCCGGUCCACCUUUCUGGCUAUGGUGUAGAAUUGGCCAUUAAGAGCACGGAGUACAAGGCCAAGGAUGAUACUCAGGUGAAAGGGACCGAGGUAAACACCACAGUCAUUGGGGAGAACGAUCCUAUUGAUGAAGUUCAGGGGUUCCUCUUUGGAAAAUUAAGAGAACUGUACCCCAGCUUGGAAGGACAGUUGAAAGAGUUCCGGAAGCAUCUCGUGGAGAGCACCAAUGAAAUGGCCCCCUUGAAAGUCUGGCAGCUGCAAGACCUCAGUUUCCAGACUGCUGCCCGCAUCUUGGCUGCUCCUGUGGAGUUAGCUCUGGUGGUGAUGAAGGACAUUAGUCAGAACUUUCCUACCAAAGCCAGAGCAAUAACAAAAACAGCUGUGAGCGCACAGCUUAGAGCGGAAGUGGAAGAGAACCAGAAGUAUUUCAAGGGAACUAUAGGAUUACAGCCUGGAGACUCAGCUCUCUUCAUCAACGGACUUCAUAUUGAUUUAGACACCCAGGAUAUCUUCAGUCUGUUUGAUACUCUGAGAAAUGAAGCCCGGGUAAUGGAGGGUCUACAUAGACUAGGAAUAGAAGGCCUUUCUCUACAUAAUAUUUUGAAGCUCAACAUCCAGCCGUCUGAGACUGACUACGCAGUAGACAUCAGGAGUCCUGCUAUUUCCUGGGUCAACAACCUAGAGGUUGAUAGCCGAUAUAACUCAUGGCCUUCAAGUUUACAAGAGUUACUUCGCCCCACGUUUCCUGGCGUUAUACGGCAGAUCAGAAAGAACCUACAUAACAUGGUUUUCAUUGUUGAUCCUGUUCAUGAGACCACGGCAGAGCUGGUUAGCAUAGCCGAGAUGUUCCUCAGCAAUCAUAUACCACUAAGGAUUGGUUUUAUCUUUGUGGUCAAUGAUUCUGAAGAUGUUGAUGGGAUGCAAGAUGCUGGAGUCGCUGUUCUGAGAGCAUAUAAUUAUGUGGGUCAGGAAGUGGAUGGCUACCAUGCCUUCCAGACUCUCACCCAGAUCUACAACAAAGUGAGGACUGGAGAAAAGGUGAAAGUUGAGCAUGUGGUCAGUGUCUUGGAGAAGAAGUACCCGUAUGUUGAAGUGAAUAGCAUUCUGGGGAUUGAUUCUGCUUAUGAUCAGAAUCGGAAGGAAGCCAGAGGCUACUAUGAGCAGACUGGUGUAGGCCCCUUGCCUGUUGUCUUGUUCAAUGGGAUGCCCUUUGAAAAGGAGCAGUUAGACCCCGACGAGCUGGAAACCAUCACAAUGCACAAGAUCUUGGAGACGACCACCUUCUUCCAAAGAGCCGUGUAUUUGGGUGAACUGUCACAUGAUCAAGACGUGGUAGAGUACAUCAUGAAUCAGCCGAAUGUUGUUCCAAGAAUCAACUCUAGGAUUUUGACAGCUAAGCGAGAGUAUCUGGAUCUAACAGCAAGCAAUAAUUUUUAUGUGGAUGACUUUGCCAGAUUUUCUGCCUUGGACUCUCGGGGCAAGACUGCUGCUAUUGCCAACAGUAUGAACUAUCUGACAAAAAAAGAUGAUUCCUUUAUUAGGCCAGUGACUUUUUGGAUUGUUGGAGAUUUUGAUAGCCCUUCUGGGCGGCAGUUAUUAUAUGACGCCAUUAAACAUCAGAAAACCAGUAACAAUGUUAGGAUAAGUAUGAUCAAUAACCCCAGCCGAGAGAUAAGUGACUCAAGCACCCCCGUCUCCAGAGCCAUCUGGGCAGCUCUCCAGACACAGACCUCCAACUCUGCUAAGAACUUCAUCACCAAGAUGGUCAAAGAGGAGACGGCAGAGGCCCUGGCCGCAGGAGUGGACAUUGGGGAAUUCUCUGUCGGGGGCAUGGAUGUCAGUCUUUUUAAAGAGGUCUUUGAGUCUUCCAGAAUGGAUUUCAUUUUGUCUCAUGCCCUGUACUGCAGGGAUGUUCUGAAACUGAAGAAGGGACAGAGAGUGGUGAUCAGCAACGGAAGGAUCAUUGGGCCACUGGAGGACAGUGAGCUCUUCAACCAAGAUGAUUUCCACCUCCUGGAAAAUAUCAUUCUGAAAACAUCGGGACAGAAAAUCAAGUCUCAUAUCCAACAGCUUCGCGUAGAAGAAGAUGUGGCCAGUGAUUUGGUAAUGAAGGUGGAUGCUCUCCUGUCAGCGCAACCCAAAGGAGAGGCGAGGAUCGAGUACCAGUUCUUUGAAGAUAAGCACAGUGCAAUUAAACUGAAGCCCAAAGAAGGGGAGACAUACUAUGAUGUGGUAGCUGUUGUCGACCCUGUCACAAGAGAAGCACAGAGGCUCGCCCCCUUGCUCUUGGUUUUGGCUCAGCUGAUAAACAUGAGUCUGAGAGUAUUCAUGAAUUGCCAAUCCAAGCUUUCCGACAUGCCUUUAAAAAGCUUUUACCGUUAUGUCUUAGAGCCGGAGAUUUCUUUCACUGCAGACAACAGCUUUGCCAAGGGACCAAUAGCAAAGUUUCUGGAUAUGCCUCAGUCUCCGCUGUUUACUUUGAAUUUGAACACACCCGAGAGUUGGAUGGUAGAAUCUGUCAGAACACCCUAUGAUCUUGAUAAUAUUUACCUAGAAGAGGUGGACAGUAUAGUGGCUGCUGAGUAUGAGCUGGAGUAUCUGUUACUGGAAGGUCAUUGUUACGACAUCACCACAGGCCAGCCCCCUCGAGGACUGCAGUUCACGUUAGGAACUUCAGCCAACCCAACAACUGUGGACACAAUCGUGAUGGCCAAUCUGGGAUAUUUUCAGCUCAAAGCCAACCCAGGAGCCUGGAUUCUGAGACUGAGGAAGGGGCGCUCGGAUGACAUUUAUAGGAUCUACAGCCAUGACGGAACAGAUUCCCCUCCUGAUGCAAAUGACGUUGUUGUCAUCCUCAAUAACUUCAAGAGCAAGAUCAUCAAAGUGAAGGUUCAGAAGAAGGCCGACAUGGCUAAUGAAGACUUGCUGAGCGACGGGACGAAUGAGAAUGAGUCUGGAUUCUGGGACUCAUUCAAGUGGGGCUUCUCAGGACAGAAGACUGAGGAAGUAAAGCAAGAUAAGGACGACAUAAUCAAUAUUUUCUCUGUUGCAUCUGGUCAUCUCUACGAAAGGUUUCUUCGCAUCAUGAUGCUAUCAGUCCUGAAGAAUACCAAAACUCCUGUGAAAUUCUGGUUCUUGAAGAAUUAUUUGUCCCCCACAUUUAAGGAGUUUAUACCUUACAUGGCCAAAAAAUACAAUUUCCAGUAUGAGCUUGUUCAGUACAAAUGGCCACGGUGGCUUCACCAGCAGACCGAGAAGCAGCGAAUUAUCUGGGGCUACAAGAUCCUCUUCCUGGAUGUGCUUUUCCCGUUGGUUGUUGACAAAUUCCUCUUUGUGGAUGCUGAUCAGAUUGUGCGGACAGAUCUGAAGGAGUUAAGAGAUUUCAAUUUGGAUGGUGCACCUUACGGUUACACGCCCUUCUGCGACAGCAGGAGAGAGAUGGAUGGCUACCGCUUCUGGAAGUCAGGCUACUGGGCCAGUCAUUUGGCUGGACGAAAGUAUCACAUCAGUGCGCUGUAUGUCGUGGAUCUGAAGAAGUUUAGGAAAAUAGCUGCUGGUGACAGACUCAGAGGACAGUACCAAGGUCUGAGUCAGGAUCCCAACAGUCUUUCAAAUCUUGAUCAAGAUUUGCCCAAUAACAUGAUCCAUCAGGUGCCAAUCAAAUCGCUCCCUCAGGAGUGGCUUUGGUGUGAGACGUGGUGUGAUGAUGCCUCUAAGAAGCGGGCCAAGACCAUCGACCUGUGUAAUAAUCCCAUGACUAAGGAGCCCAAACUGGAGGCUGCUGUGCGGAUCGUCCCUGAGUGGCAAGACUACGACCAGGAGAUCAAGCAGUUGCAGACCCUCUUCCAAGAGGAGAAAGAGUUGGGGACCCUGCAUGAAGAGGAGACACAGGAAGGAUCUCAGAAGCAUGAAGAAUUAUGAUCUCUGGAGGAAGAUAGGGGACCCACGUCUGACAGUUUUGUACUAAAUGCUGUUUUUUUCUGAUCUGUUGAAACAACUGCUGAUGAACUGACUGAUUGGGCAGGUGUAUCACACCUAUUGAUCUGAGCAUUUGAUUAGACUACUGCACCCUAGUGGGUGCUAGAUCCUUGGGGCUAAGGCUCUGUUGGAUUUGUACCUCAGAGGAAGACAAGUGACCGAUCUUCUGGGACUCUCUUCUCGCCAGAGGGAACUGAAAGAAGCCCAGUCCUUCGGUGCCCACAUCCCAGAGCACACAUUGUUGUGCUGGUCCAGGAGCUGGCCAGAAAGGUCACCAUGCUCUUCCUUACCUCAGUUUACCUGCAGCCCUCGCUGCAGUGCAGAUGCCCACCCUGUACCAGGUCAGGCCGGCAGAUGCUUCAUCCAUGCCUCGAGGUCUACGCCAACACGCUCCUCCCAUCUCCUCUCCUCCCCUCCCCUUCCCCUUCCCAAGCAUUGGGCUCCUUGUUUAAUUGAGCCAAACCAAUAAUCAUGUGUCUUCAGGGUUGGCUCAGUACAGUUGCUAAGCAAAUCGGUCUUCAGGAGAACUGGGGUGGUGUGGAUAAGACUGGACAAACAGCAGGUAGCAGAGUUUUGGGAUGUUCAAGGGAAGAUAGAAACAUUGGCCAUUCUCUUCAGUCCACUAUGGCUGAAGUCAAAGGAAGCUUGAUUCUGUUCCCAGUGAACUUUCUAGGUAAUUGUUUUGUAAACAAUUUUUAUAUUUAUGAAAAUGUUUUGCCUUUUCUUCCUACUUUCUAAAAAGCUGUUGGUUAUCAGUUACCUGGCUGGGCAUAGGCGUCCCGAGUCCCUCAGUAACCCCUCUCAGCUUACUCGGCCUCCAUCCGGAUGGUCACCAUUCUGUCUGCCCUUUCCCUUGUAGAGUUUUCUCUCGGACCCUGGAGACUGUGUCUUUGGAUGUUUCUUCCCCCAAGUGCUCUCAGACCUAUGACCAGGAAUGACUCUAUCUCUGGAACUCAGUUUCCUAUACUCUUCUGUCUUUCCCUUUGGCUUUGGCUCUGAGGGUCGGUCACUUUUGGCCUUUGAGACUUGCCAAGGUCCGGUCUGGUUGUAAGGUACCUGCUGCUAUCUGAAACAGCGCCCUUCAUUGCUUUGUGUGUUUUCACAGCCACAGCCCAGCAUCACCUCAGGAGCAGCCUGGGCUGAGGAGCCUUUGAGGGGUUGUUAACCUGGCUGGACAGGUGUAGGUGUGUAGUAUCACCUCUGCCCAGGACUCAGGGAUCUAUGCAGAGAGUAAGUGUUGCUGGGCACCAGGCUGCCUUCCACCUCACAGGGGCAGAUUUAAAAAAUCAGAAGGGAGCUGGGGUGUGGCUCAGUGGCAGACAGAGAGCUUAUCCAGCAAACCCAAGGCCUUGCCUUCUGUCUGGCACUAUACCCCCACAUACACAAAAAAAAUAAAGACUGAAUAUGAGGAAGGAGUACUGUAGGUGACUAAGUCCCCAUCUAUCUAAGUUAGGUUUCAAGGAAGAAUGACCUACCUGAGCCAUGGUUGGGGAUUUGAGUGGACAGUUGUUAAGUAAUAAAUAGCGAGAGACAAAAAAAUAAAUCGAUUGGGAACUCAGAGAACCAGCAUAAAUCCCUUAACUCAGUCAGCUGGAGUUCCCUGCUGAGAGCCCUGGGGAGAGCACAAGUGUCCCCCCUCAGUUGAGGUUUCCAAGUAAAAGAACAAAGAGUGACACUAAAAAUAACAUCAUCCAAUUCGGUGCUCUCAACAUUCCCCAAGAAACCAGCUGGGAAGCUGACACGGUCAGCCAGAGUUUCCCCGGGCGUGCGUCCGUCCAUCCCUCUCCCACUGCAGGCGCUUUCGUGUUGAGGACAGGCUGUAGCUGAGCCCUCUGACCUUGGAAAGGUGUCUGGGGAUAAAUUACUUCCUGGCUGUUUCCAAGGAUGUUGUAUUUUGACUCUUGGAGUAUCAAACUGUUUUGUCAUUUGUUAUGAAGUUGGGGAGGGGCACACAUCCCUAGACAAAGGCCAUGGAGGAUACUUUGAGGUAAACAUGUCCCAUAGCUAGCGUCUUAGCUUAACUAGCACAUUUAUUGAUACAAUGUAUAUUACAACAUGAAUUUUAAAAAUAAAAAAAUUUACCACACAUAUAUCAAGUAAUUAAUUUUUUUGCCCCAUUUUCAAAUCCAAUUGUGAUCUUAAGAUCCAGCCUUUGUUCAGGCUUCAUGUCCACACUGGAUUAAGCUUUCAGGGAUGCCCCACUGCUGUGCCCAACUGUAAGCAGAAACCGUCCUCCUUGUGUCCUAGGAGCCUGGAGUGUUGGGCAGGGAAUAGUCCGUGCUUAUAAAUGCUGGCCCCGGUGACCAGUUUCCUUUUUACCAAGACAUGUGUGCAUCCUCUGUGGAAAAGGAAGAUGUAGGUCCCCUGUGGUCCUUUACCCACUAGUGUGUCACCACCUUGAUGUAUUCACAGUUGAUGCUGGCUUAGCCAGACCCAGCCUGCUUCUAAAGCUGUCCAGGCCCCUCCUCUGCCGGUUCCUUCCUCGCUUCCUGUGGAUUAAUCAUCUCUAUAGAUAAAGCAACUGCCACAAAUGGGAUGCCGCCUUCAAGUGCCCCUCGGAAGGGCAUCCCUGUCAGUUUCACCUGACAUCACCAUGUAAGAGCAUACUGUGACUGAAGAAAGAAAUGAAUUAUUCUCCAAGAAGCAGGAAGUAACUGAUCACAUGGAUUAUUCAGGCUUCUGGAAAGUUCCAAGUUCUUGGCCUGCGUCUAAACGGUUCUUUGACCUCUUGUCAUGUAGGAGUAGAAUUGUUUCCUUUCUGAAUCACUAGGGCAGUGUGACCUGUGACAUGUCAGAGUCACAUGUGCCAGUGUGAGUCGGUUGCUGUGUUCUGUGAAAAGCGGCACGUGACUGGCACCUAGAGCUGCCAGGGCACAGGUCUCCAGAGUCCUGGGCUUAGCCAAAAGCAUACUGGAGGUGCCCAUGUUGAGAUGUGGGUGGACUUCAGAGGAUAGUUGGCAUCGCUGCCCUGGCAGGAGCUGCAUUUCUGGUUGAACGUGAUCGUCUCCGGGCGUGCAUGCACUGCGCUGGGCCUGUCUGGUCAGAAGCAGACUUCACAGCAGGUAUGUUACCUGGUUUUCGUCUGAAUCGCUGAAGGGUGAGCUGAGAGCCCAGAGAUAAAGAAGGAAGAGGAAACCAGGAAGCAAGCUUGACUGGCAUAUUUUAGACUGGUUGGACAUGGUCACCAGCAUGAAGUCGCUCCUCAUGUGCCCUUAUCCUCCAGGACUAAACGGCCUUCUAAAAUUACCCUUCCCAGUUAGAGCUUACUCUCAAAGAAAGGAUGCACUGGAGGCGUUAGGAGGGUGAGCCUGCACUUUUUUUGGGUAGAUCCUAUCUGUCUAGAGGGACAGAUGCUGGCAGCACAGAGCAUGGCUUCCAGGGCUCAGUCUUCUUGAGUUGUUGAGUCCUUGGCUUUAUGGGAUAUUGUGUGGCGACAGAGUCAAUCAAACGGCUCAUCAUACUGUUGUUUAGUAAGUAGGUAGCUGUUUUCUGUUGAGUUUCAUGAGCUCCCGCUUCUCUGCCUUAAGGUACUGAGGACUUCUCAAAUGCUGGAUCAAGCACAUUAAACACUGUCACUCAGGAAGUUACAGAAAUUUCCAGGUGUCUGGAAGGUUCUCCUCUCUCAUUCACUGCUGCUGUCUUGUGUCUCUGUAUAAUAACAGAAAGCUCUUCUGUGUUACAUAACAGUGGUGGAUUGGCCAAGCGUGCAGACUCUCCUCACGGAGUCAUCGUGUGCUGACAGUCUGCAGCAGCAGAUGAGGGUCAGUGCCAAGUAUCCACAUGCCACAGGGAAGCCCAUCAAACCGGGGACAGAGAGCAGGAGACCUCUCCCGAGUCUCCUGGGUCCUUAGCAUGUGGAGGGUCUGUGACCGGCUGUAUGAGCAGGACUUGGCGCCACGGGGUCUUUUCCAGCCUGUUCCCACCACCUUAUUUGUCCCCACUGAACUCUCGACAGAGAACUCGGCACCAUUCCUUUAGCCAGAUGCAAACUACAUUAGCCUAAGAUUGGCAGUUUGGAACAAGAGACUACCAAGCACUCUGUUUUCCUACCAGAAAAGGGAAAAUGGAGACAGAGCUUAGGUUUUAAAAAGAAACUCUGUCCCACCAUCCAUUCAAACCAACACCUCACCUCAUUCAGCGAUGAGGUUAAUGUUGUGGAUGUCUUAGUCCAAUGCAGGUGUCACCGUGAGAGUAAGCUCUGUCCAACACAAUAAAAUCCCUCCUCUCUUCUUA